UCAAUUGAACACCAGUCAAGGAACACACUCGGUCUCCAACGAGUUUCACCGCAAGAAAAAAAAAAAAAAAAAAAAAAAAGAAUUCUUACUUUUUUCUCCAUACUAGUUCCACUAUCAAACCUGGUGACCAGUGGACGGGUUGUGCAUUGUGAUCAUCGGAGUAAAUGCUUCCUCCACUCAUGUUCCCUUCUUCUUCUGCUGCUCCUGCUCCACUAAUGACUAAUGUGGUUUCUUAACACGGCAGACGCAUUUCACAGAAGCUUCCCUUCAAGUUAGUACCUUUCAGAGCUCACUUCAUCAUGAUGACUCGGAUUCUCUGGGAUACUAUUUUCCUAAUAAGUGGUACUUUUAGUAUGUCUGUGGUACUCAAUGGAUCCCUCUUUACAUUCGGAGCGGGGCAGAGCAAUUCAACAGUGAUUGAUGCCAGCCUUCCAAUUGAUACCAACUCUACUACUGCUGCACCAAACACCCCCACAAACAGCUCUGCAACAGCCAGCUCCACAAAUGCCACGACCACAAACAUUGUGCCGACUAGUACUAACAUCCUUCCAGUAAAGAAGUUUGUUGCAGCGGCGGUUCGCUCCCACUUUGACGACUGCCCAGACUCCCAUAGCCACUUCUGCUUCCAUGGCACUUGUCGCUUUCUGAUACUGGAAGAGACGCCUGCAUGUGUGUGUCAUCAAGGCUUCGUGGGGAUGAGGUGUGAGCAUGCAGACCUGCUGGCAGUCGUAGCAACCAAUCACCGACAACAGACUGUCGCUACGGUGCUGGUGCUGUGUGUGAUUAGUUGUGUGCUCAUCAUGGUGUUGUGUACACUUUUACAUUGCUGGUGGAGGCAGGACUGUCGCAGGAGGAGACACAUACAUCACUACGCCUCAGAGAAAAAUUGCAGUGCCCUGAAACAUGGAGCAUCCUACUGUCCUUCUGAAAGCGUGGUUUGAGAAGAUUUCUUACUGAGACAUGAGCUAUUUGCAUGAUGUGUUUCGUUCUCUUCAUCUGCCCGACCCACAAACCCUCAGGAAAAGCGGUAUCAAGUGUUGAUCAAGCAGACCUGGCCAGAGGUGAAGAAACAUGAUCAUCUGUGUGGCUGAGGUAGGCCUGUUUGAUGUGGCCGGUGAAAUGUUCAAUGACUUUGUUUUUCUGCCACUGACUGGAACUUUAUUGAACUUAACGCGUCAGUCUACUUCAGUCUUUGAUUCUGUGGAAAUGUACGCAACGUUCUGUUACGAGCUUUGAGGAUGAAGCUGUUGCUGAAUCCUAUGUGGAAAGAGCUCCACGUGUCCUGAUUUCUGCUUAUGGCUGGCCUAGAGGAUAUGAAAAAUGAUCUACAAGACCAUUAAUCAUUCUGCGUGGAUGUUGACUUGGAAAUGAGUUUAUUUUUGGGCUAUGGGACAAUCUUAAUUCAUUUAAGUCAGAAGACCCCAAUUCCUACUUUUGUCUUUUAAUACCUUUGCACACUUUGUUCAAAACUUUAUAACCACAGAGGAAUUUUUUUUUUUUUUUUCAUUACGGUGGGGGGAAACACUACUGCUUUAAGGAAGUUUUAACGUCUGCUUUUAAAGAAGGACCUCACACCACCUGACAGAAUUAGGAAUUGAUAACUGGACUGACUGCUGAUGGAUUAAAAACCCCUGGAUCAACACGGACUCCCACUGAUUAUAUAUAAAUGAAGACUGCAACUGAGAAGACACACAAGGAAAAAAAACCAAACACAUAAGUUGGAAUUUAAAAAAAAAAACAAAUCAGGUGUUAUUUCUAAUGAUUUUAUGACUGAAGUAUUGUUACUGAAGAUAAAAUAUUUCAGUUUUAUUUUUUAUUCCUGAGCUGUACUUGAACAUGUUCAUGCAUCAGAGGUUUUUCACUGGCAGGCUAUAAGUAUACAAACGUUAUUCUAUUGUACAUUUGUAAUAUUGCUCACUGUUCAUAAAAACUGCACUUACACUUUGUACUUACACUUUGAUUGUAGUCACUUGAAAUGCGUCCACAUGAGAUGCCAAAUCACAUUUUUUUUUCUAACUUUGCCUGCACUGAAAGAAAAGAGGCACAUGGUUUGUACACAUCCACCCUAAGCAUGCAUGCACUUGAUUCACAGCGUGUAUUUUUGAAGAAACACAACUUGUAUUUGCACAAAAUGCUUUUAUUUCGAAAAGUCUUAUAGCAUUGCCUCUGCUUUAAAUUUAUAAUGUACUUUUAACAAGAGAGACCUCUGAUAAAAAUAAAUUAAUAAAGGUGAAGGAAUACAAAAGAACACAAAGUAACUGACGUGGAUGUAAAACGUGUACAGGGGAGGAAAUGAUGAUUAGACUGUGGCGACUUCCACAAUUAGAUGAAUGUGAUGGUAUUUACAUGCCAAAUGAUUCUGAGGGGAUGAUACUCUUGCUUUUGUUUACAUUAUUUCAUGACAUUUGCAUUACAGAACUUUUUUUGUUAUUAAAAACUCAAUGUAUAUAUGGUGUCAGUAUAAAAUCAUCCAUAAAGGGGAUGUUAAUUAUAAUGGGACUGACUUUAUUUUGUCAAAUUUAUGUUGUCACCGUUUGAAAGUCUCUGUUCUCUGCAUUUGUUUUCCAAUGAAGAAUUAAAUAUGCAACUGCA